GGGCCCCGGAGGCCCGGCGCGUUGGCGUGUGCGCGCGGAGGGGCGUGCUCGCUCCCCGUGGCGUCCAUUGCCCUUGCCGCCAUGAUGAGCGCUCGGGCUCCAGGCGCUCGGCGGCAGCGCCACCUUCCUGCCUUGCCUUCCGCAGCCCCGUGACUGGCUGCAGUUUCCGCUGCGUUUCAGCUGAGCUGCCGCAGGCGGCGACCGCCGCCUCCCGGGCGCCGGGAUUAUUUCGCCCUCAGCGCCCCUGGCCCUGCGCCUUUACCCCGCGCCUGUAGCCACCCGAGGGCAGUCGGGGCAGGUGGCAGUCCGGACACCUGAGCUUACAGGGCAUGCGGGACCCCAGGAAAUGUUAUUUUUGCUUAAGCCAAAUCUAUGUGGCUGCUAAGGUGUUUUCGAUGCGGUUGUUUUCCCAACAAUCUUUACCGCCCCGAGUAUCUGAAUAAAGAAAAAUAAAGAUUGAUGGGAAAGUUUUUGCCAUUCUUUUGUUCUAUAGGAAAAAAAAUUACACAACACGAAAGCGGAGGAAUAAAAUUUUGAAUCAUUCGUACUCAUUUAUGUGGAAACAACUUUCUUGAAAAACGAUUUAAGCAAUUAGUGAUCUGUUAGUGGUAUUUUUUUGAUUGAGAAGUAAGAAGGGCAGACGUUUUUUAUUUUCGUAUUGGUGGACAACUUAGUGUGGUGCAUAUUGUGCAUUUGCCUGUCAUGUUAUUUCGAUUUUUCAUUUGUGAAGUUUUAAGGCGGAGUUUCAUCCCCUAACGUACUUUUUUUUAUUGCACACUGUACAACUUUCUUGAUAAACUGGGAGCCUACUGUUAGCGAUGCACCGUGCUAGAUGCUAAGAAACCUUAAAAAGGUUCUUGUAAUGCAGACGGUGGCUGCAAGAAGUCUUAUGUUUAGAGGUAGGUGGGGCAAGGUGAAAUGCAGUAAAGUGAGAGGUACAACUAAUUACUGGGAUUUCCGAGGGAAGCAAGAUUCCCAUUGGAGGAUCAGGGAGGGACGGGUUCCUGAAGUAUUAAUAGGUGGCAUUUUGAGAAGGUUACCGAGGGAUGGGUAGGACUUUGUUAGGUAGAGGUGGAGGUGGAGAAAGGACGUUUCAAGGGUGAAGCUUCUUCAGUAAACAGUAAGUAUUUACAGUUUGGCAAAAGUGGAUGGUAUUGGUAGGGGAGUGGUGGGAAUUUCAGGCUAGAAAAGUUAGAUUGCAGAAGAGCUUGCUUGCCAGGUGAAGGGUCUUAUACUCAAUGGGGGGAGGCAGCAGGGGUGCCCUCAACUAGAAGAGUGUUGGCACACCUGAGCUGCACCUUGUUAUUUACUUAUUUAUUUUUUAUUUUGAGACAGGUUCUUGCUAUAUUGCCCCAGGCUGGUCUCGAACUCCUGGGCUCAAGCCGUUCUCCCGCCUCCCACUGCUGUCUGUUCCCUGAGCUGUGCUUUACGCUGGGAAAGACAUAGAAGAACUAUUAAGAAGAUAGAAUUGUUUUGCUGCCCAGUACAGCAACAGUGGAUGUUCAAGAUUAAGAUUAGAGUCAAGUUGUGUGAUUAAGACAGGAGCUGUGACUGAUGAGAAUUAAAGGCCAUGGAUGAAGAUGGGCUUGAAUUACAACAAGAGCCAAACUCAUUUUUUGAUGCAACAGUUUUUCAGAACACUUCCCAUACAUUCCCAUUUGAUCAUCACCACAGUCCUGUGAGGAGCUGAUGGUACACACAUGGAUGGUGAUCAAAUUGUUGUGGAAGUACAAGAAACUGUUUUUGUUUCAGAUGUUGUGGAUUCAGACAUAACUGUGCAUAACUUUGUUCCUGAUGACCCAGAUUCGGUUGUAAUCCAAGAUGUUAUUGAGGACGUUGUUAUAGAAGAUGUUCAGUGCCCAGAUAUCAUGGAAGAAGCAGAUGUAUCUGAAACGGUCAUCAUUCCUGAGCAAGUGCUGGACUCAGAUGUAACUGAAGAAGUUUCUUUAGCACAUUGCACAGUCCCAGAUGAUGUUUUAGCUUCUGACAUUACUUCAGCCUCAAUGUCUAUGCCCGAACACGUCUUGACGGGUGAUUCUAUACAUGUGUCUGACGUUGGACAUGUUGGACAUGUUGAACAUGUGGUUCAUGAUAGUGUAGUGGAAGCAGAAAUUGUCACUGAUCCUCUGACUACCGACGUAGUUUCAGAAGAAGUAUUGGUAGCAGACUGUGCCUCUGAAGCAGUCAUAGAUGCCAAUGGGAUCCCUGUGGACCAGCAGGAUGAUGACAAAGGCAACUGUGAGGACUACCUUAUGAUUUCCUUGGAUGAUGCUGGCAAAAUAGAACACGACGGUUCUUCCGGAAUGACCAUGGACACAGAGUCGGAAAUUGAUCCUUGUAAAGUGGAUGGCACUUGCCCUGAAGUCAUCAAGGUGUACAUUUUUAAAGCUGACCCUGGAGAAGAUGACUUAGGUGGAACUGUAGACAUUGUGGAGAGUGAGCCUGAGAAUGAUCAUGGAGUUGAACUGCUUGAUCAGAGCAGCAGUAUUCGUGUUCCCAGGGAAAAGAUGGUUUAUAUGACUGUCAAUGACUCUCAGCCAGAAGAUGAAGAUUUAAAUGUUGCUGAAAUUGCUGACGAAGUUUACAUGGAAGUGAUUGUAGGAGAGGAGGACGCUGCUGCAGCAGCGGCAGCCGCCGCUGUGCAUGAGCAGCAAAUGGACGACAAUGAAAUCAAAACUUUCAUGCCGAUCGCAUGGGCAGCAGCUUAUGGUAAUAAUUCUGAUGGAAUUGAAAACCGGAAUGGCACUGCAAGUGCCCUCUUGCACAUAGAUGAGUCUGCUGGCCUCGGCAGACUGGCUAAACAAAAACCAAAGAAAAGGAGAAGACCUGAUUCCAGGCAGUACCAAACAGCAAUAAUUAUUGGCCCUGAUGGACAUCCUUUGACUGUCUAUCCUUGCAUGAUUUGUGGGAAGAAGUUUAAGUCGAGAGGUUUUUUGAAAAGGCACAUGAAAAACCAUCCCGAACACCUUGCCAAGAAGAAAUACCGCUGUACUGACUGUGAUUACACUACCAACAAGAAGAUAAGUUUACACAACCACCUGGAGAGCCACAAGCUGACCAGCAAGGCAGAGAAGGCCAUAGAAUGCGAUGAGUGUGGGAAGCAUUUCUCUCAUGCAGGGGCUUUGUUUACUCACAAAAUGGUGCAUAAGGAAAAAGGAGCCAACAAAAUGCACAAGUGUAAAUUCUGUGAAUACGAGACAGCUGAACAAGGGUUACUGAAUCGCCACCUCUUGGCGGUCCACAGCAAGAACUUUCCUCAUAUUUGUGUGGAGUGUGGUAAGGGUUUUCGUCACCCCUCAGAGCUCAAAAAGCACAUGAGAAUCCAUACUGGGGAGAAGCCGUACCAAUGCCAGUACUGCGAAUAUAGGUCUGCAGACUCUUCUAACUUGAAAACACAUGUCAAAACUAAGCAUAGUAAAGAGAUGCCAUUCAAGUGUGACAUUUGUCUUCUGACUUUCUCGGAUACCAAAGAGGUGCAGCAACAUGCUCUUAUCCACCAAGAAAGCAAAACACACCAGUGUUUGCAUUGCGACCACAAGAGUUCGAACUCAAGUGAUUUGAAACGACACAUAAUUUCAGUUCACACGAAAGACUACCCCCAUAAGUGUGACAUGUGUGAUAAAGGCUUUCAUAGGCCUUCAGAACUCAAGAAACACGUGGCUGCCCACAAGGGCAAAAAAAUGCACCAGUGUAGACAUUGUGACUUUAAGAUUGCAGAUCCGUUUGUUCUAAGUCGCCAUAUUCUCUCAGUUCACACAAAGGAUCUUCCAUUUAGGUGCAAGAGAUGUAGAAAGGGAUUUAGGCAACAGAAUGAGCUUAAAAAGCAUAUGAAGACACACAGUGGCAGGAAAGUGUAUCAGUGUGAGUACUGUGAGUAUAGCACUACAGAUGCCUCAGGCUUUAAACGGCACGUUAUUUCCAUUCACACGAAAGACUAUCCUCACCGGUGUGAGUACUGCAAGAAAGGCUUCCGAAGACCUUCAGAAAAGAACCAGCACAUAAUGAGACAUCAUAAAGAAGUUGGCCUGCCCUAACAAUACUUCUACAGACGUUUGUAGAGAUAUUGGCCUUGAAGCAGAAAAUUCAUUUUAAAGCCAAUCAGUCUCGUUCACAUACAAUACUGUAUAUUGAUUUAUGCUGUGUACAAAUAGAAUUAUUGCUUCUAGUUGACUUUUUUUAAUAUACAUUUUGUUCAGUAGUGUGUUCUGAAUUCUAUUCAGUUUGUUUAAUAAAUGGGGAAAACUGGCAACAUGCUAGUUACUUUUAAUAAAGUAAUCCCUGAUUCUAUACCGAAUUUUUAUAUCUUAGAAUUUUAUAUUUAUUUAAAUAUUUACCUUGCUUACCUUGAUGGUACUCUUCUAAGACCAUUAACUUAAGGUAACUUUAUAUUGGUAACUCUGAAAGUAAUCAUGUUGACUCAUUUUCCUUCCCCAUACAUUUCUCACAAUAAAAUUGUCAGAGACAUCUACUAAUAUAAAUGGGAGAUUUUACAGUCAGGUCUAAUUAUCAUAACAUGGAAGUCAUUUACUUAAUAUUUUCAGACCACUUGACAGUGAAAGUUUCCGUUUGAGCUUUUGCGUGCCUGGCUUUGCUUAAGAGCAGUGGCUGGGUUCGUGUUUACUUUUCAAAUAUAUUACUUUUGGUUUUCUUUGGAUUAUUUACAUCUUUUGUCAGCAUAGCAAACUUUUAGAAAACCUUAUUGAAAAAUUAUGCUUGAUCAUGUUGCAUUUUGAUUAUUCUGUCUGUGCGGCUUCGUCUUGGAAUGGUUUGUGCUACAAAUGACAUUUACUGAGGACUGCAUUUUGGAAUCUCCUAGAGGUAACUCAUGGCUUAUAGGAUCUUUUGCAACUUUAUGUAUGUAAAUGUACCCCGAAUUAUAUAUAUACACAUAUAUAUCAUGUACCUGUGUGUAUUGCUUAUUUUAUAUAUUUAUACACACAACCCCAAGUUACAGUAGUUGUUUAAAAUCUAUAAUGAAAAGUAUUAAAUUUACAGUAACAUGAAAGAUCCAGGGAUGCAUGAGAGCAUUUUGUAAGUCAUGCUCUUCAGAGAGAUUACUCAGGUGAAGAAUUAGAAGGCAAAUAAGGACACUAGUAUUUUUAAAGAGUAAAGAUAUUUUCUUUUAAAUAUCUUUGGUAAUUGAAAAAUAGAGGUUAAGAUGUUUCUAGGUAGAAUGGUUUCAUACAGUUUCAGCUCCAUGUCUUUAUAUUUUUCUGAAAAGCAAAUGAGUAUCCAGACAUGACUCCCACAGUUCUCUUUGAGAAGCCCGAGAGGGAACUCUGUCUUACCUAGUGAGGGGAUGGAAAAGAAGCGAUGGCUCUGUGGACCAGAGAACAGGUGCUAAUUAUGACUUCACACUCUGCAAGUUCAGGCCGAUCUGUUAUUUCUCAGACAGUUACAGUUAGCAAACUUAAAAAACUUAACACUCAAGUGGGCUUUGAUUAAAAGGUAAAGAUGUGUUUUAAGUAGAUAAGGAAAGUCUGAGGCCUUACUUGGAACAUCACUAAGUCUUCCAAAGGUUUUUUUGGUUUUUUUUUUUUAAGACGGAGUCUCGCUCUGUUGCCCAGGCUGGACUGCAGUGGCACGAUCUUGGCUCACUGCAACCUCUGCUUCCUGGGGUCAAGCAAUUAUCUGCCUCAGCCUCUCGAGUAGCUGGGGUUACAGGCGCCCGCCACCACGCCUGGUUAAUUUUUUGUAUUUUGUAUUUUUAGUAAAGAUGGGGUUUCACCAUCUUGGCCAGGCUGGUCUUGGACCCUGACCUCGUGAUCCACCUGCCUCAGCCUUCCAAAGUGCUGGGAUUAGAGGCGUGAGCCACCACACUUAGACACCACAUAGGUCUGAAUCAGUGUCAUACAGUCAUAAAACAAACUCGGUUAAUUAGAACUUGGUUGUGUUAAGACGAAUCUUGGAGAACAGAAAACAGUUUUUGGGGUCCCUUCAGUUGGCUAUUGGUCCAUAUGCAUCUAGCACAUUGUAGGAUAUUUAGAAAUCGUCUUCCUACCCGAUAGCUGCCUUGCCACCUCAUUAUGGUGCUCCGUCCCCUGUGUGCUUAGGUUUUUACCUUUCAUCUUUCUCUUUGCCAUUGAUGUUUGUAUUCAAGAGUUAUAUUUUUAGGGUUAGAAAUAAAAAUAUUUGGUGUUUGGCAAACCUGAAGUGCUAGACUGAUUUAGUCUAGUUUUAAAUCAAGUGCUUUAGGCAGGUGUGAACUCUAGCCCAAAUGCCAGUCAAAGUCAAGGCAUGGGUUUUCCUAGCCUAUCUUAUAGGAAAUUCCUGUACCUUCUUGGCCCCUAUAAUGUGUGUGUGUUUUUUUUUUAAAGUAACUUACAAUUUUGUGAUCCGUGAUUCAUUGCCCUGCGAUUCUUGAAAGCUCUGUCUGUUUUUUUGUGAGAACCUUUAAAAUCUCCCUUUUUAUUUUCCCAAAAAUAAUGUAAAAACACUUAAAUGAAAGUGGAAAUGUAUUAAUUUUAAAUCCUAUAAAAUUAAUACAGAAAAUAUAAAUGAUUGGGUCAUUUUUUUUAAAUAAACUGAAAGAUAAAGAACACAACACUUCACACAUUUUAUAUUUCUCUUACAUACUCUGGAACCAUACACAGUUCUUUUCUUUUUAAAGCACAAUAUUAAAACCUUUAAAAGGUAUUUAAGGGUUUGGUCAAGUGAAUAUGAUAAAACAUUUGUCUGUAUAAAGAGAAAAUGAAAGUGUAGUCACUGUUAUGUACUGACAUUAGUUACAACCUAGUUUUAAUUCUUAAAACAAUUUUGAUUAGCAAAGCUAAAAAAAAUGGAUGUUUCAGUUAAAUGUUUUAAAGAGGUACAGAUUUUUACAAGGACAUAAUAUAAGUUAUUGUUCUGUAGAAAUAUCCUAUUAAAUAUUGUAUGUCCCUCCCUCUGUACACUUUGUAAAGAAAGUAAAAUACAUAAAAAGAAAAUCAUAUAGGGAUGUGUGACAUUAUUGUAAUUGUGUACUUGAGAAUAACGUGCAAAAAUAAAAAUCAGAAUAUUUUCCUGUUAUUGAAUGUUUAGUCUAUUUGAUACCAGUACUAAGUUAAUGCUUUUUCUUAAGGAAAAAAAAAAAUGUACAGUUUUUGUAAACCUAAUAAACAUCAAAAGCAGUGGAUUAUUUUCAUCCCCCCAUUUCUUAAUUCCUUUUUCACAGCAGUGGAAUGCAAAGUGCUUGAUUGCUUUGAAUUUUGUGACUUGGAUGCAAAUACUGGUAACAUUUCAGUUCUGUGAAUUUGCAAGUAAUAUUUCAGAGAAGUUAAGAGGUGAUUGGUGAGUCCUUUGAUGAGCAUGUCCUUGGAAUUCAGUUUUUCUUUUAUCUUCAUAAAGGAUUUGUUUUAUUAGCAUCUCCAGAUCCCCUGAGAUAAAUUACCCAUGCAUAAAGUGGUUUUUGAGAGCACUUAAAGUUCAUUUCAGUAUUAAUUUACAGCAUAUUUAAUCAGUGGGUACUGUUACCACCUCCACAGCAGAAAUCGUGCCCUCGAGUUACCACUUGGUGCCCAAUUUAGAGGACUCUAGUAGACGCUAACAUACUAGAGAAUGGUCAUUGCCACAGUUAAAAAUCGGCAGUUAAGUAAAUGUCAGGAGUCAAAAGAGAGAGAGUUGUGCCAUCUUUGAUUUUAUAGACAAGAUUCUGCAGUUCUUCCAACUGUAUGAACAAACAAAUGUUUGCCUAAUAGUUGAAACAAUAAAUCAAAAUUUUAAGUAAAUGACGAAGGGAACGUGGUGAAUGUCACUGUCCAGAGCCAUAAAUCAGACAACACCAUAGCAUGCUGAAAAACUUUUGUAAUGGAACACCUAAAAAAUGACACCUAACCUGUCUGUGAUCCAACAAGUCAGAUAACGUGCUGCUGUAUUCUGUGGGAAUCCCAGUAUUAACAAUUUCAUUUCCCACAAAUUCUAGCAUUCAUGUAAGGAAAAACAUGGCCAAUCAGUAUCUUAAAGGGACAGUCUUUCAGAGCAGUGGUUUUCAAAGUGUGGCCGGGCAGCAUGGCAGCGUCUUAAUCUCCUGGGACUUUGUUAAAGAUACAAAUUCUCAGCCCCACCCUAGUCCUACUGAAUUGGGAAACUGGCGUGGGACCCAGCGAUCUUUGUUUUAACAUGUUCUCCAAGUGAUUCUGAUGCCUGUUCAAACUUGGGAAACACUUAUAGAGCACUUGAGGAACCUAAAAGAUGACUGGUUCAACAUUUUGUGUGGUAGAUAAGAAAAUCACAAAAAAUCAGAAAUGAACAGAGAAAAAUACGACCCAGACAGUUGAUACUUUCCGUUUGCUGUUUUAAAAGUGUAAGCCUGCCAAGUCAACAAGUAUACCUUUAGCGUACAUGUAAAUAGCCUGCACUUCCUAAAUCUUGUGUGGCCUCCCAUAGUUACAUUCCUCAAAGGUAAAUUGAGUUCAGAGGAAGAUUCAGCAUUUAAAAGAGAAGGGCUGAAAAAGAUUGUGUGUGUGUGGGUGUGUGUGUGUGUUUAACUGGCCCAGGGUUACUUAAGUAAAUCAUAAUAAACCAUUUUGCCACAUUCUGUAACUGUUUAGUUAAGGUCAAAUUAAGUUUACCCUAUGGAUUUUGUUUCAUCUUUGGUUUCGUGUAUAUAUUGUUUGCCUUUUUCAUAAAAAUCUUGGAUUUGUUAUAUAUUGUUCCUGUUAUUUUUGACAUCUUUGCUAUUGUAAAUAAAUUACUAUUUUGUUUUAAGUUA